AUGUUUUCCUCGUUCUUUGGCAAACGAAGAUCUUCUCCAAGCGAAGACGAUACUCCGCCUAUACCUGGACCUAGGCCCGAUGACGGCUUUGUAGUUGUUGACCCAACUUCUCCUGGACAAGGAGGCCUUUAUCCCAGUGUCAGUGGAAUACCCUAUCCUCAACGACCAGCGCCAUUACCACCUGCACAUCCUCAUCAAAAUUUAAAAGUAGAUACAAGUUUUCAUUAUUUAGAAGGGGUACCCUUUUCCCUUUCUCGUGAUAUAAAAAUGUGGAAAAACAAAGACACUUAUGCAACAGAAAUUGGUGAUUUGUUAGCCUUUCUUACAAAUAGAUUUAACAUUGAUAAGUAUAGCUAUGACUUUUCUGUUGAAAAGAGUGUAUUAAAAGAGUGU